CCCGUGGCUCUUCUCCUCCACCGGACAAUCGAGACAUUUCGCCACGUCGCAGCUCCGAUUAGGGUUUACCGCGUGAGCUGAUCGGCGAUCCGGAGCGAAGAUGCCGAAGAAGAUGGGCGUCAACAGCAAGGCCGAGGUGGCCAGGGCUCGGAAGAGCGCCACGGAGUCCGAACGCAAGGAACGGGAGGCUCGGGAGAAGGAGGAGCACUACUGGCGCGAGGCGGAGGGACCCAAGUCCCGCGCCGCGAAGAAGCGCGAGGAAGAAGCCGAGAAGCGGGCCGAGGCCCUGGCCCGCAAGGCAGAGGCCCGGCGCCUGGCCGAGCUGGAGGAGAAGGAUCUGGAGAAGCAGAUGCGGAAGCCGGACAAGAAGGCCAACCGCGUGUCCGUCCCUGUCCCGAAGGUGACGGAGGCCGAGCUGCAGAGGCGGAGGGAGGAGGAGCAGGCUGAGUUGGCGAAAAAGGCGGAGGAGGCGAAGCGAAGGCAGGCUAGGAUGGCCGCCGAGGAGGAGUACGAGAGGAUGGUGCUGGUGAGCAACACGAAUCGGGAUGAUUCGAUCAUCGAGGCGAGGACGGUGGAGGACGCCAUCGCGCAGAUGUCAGUGGCUGAUAACCUCCCUGUGGACCGGCAUCCAGAGAGGAGGCUUAAGGCUUCUUUCAAGGCUUUUGAAGAGGCUGAACUCCCGAAGCUAAAGGAAGAGAAACCGGGUCUGACCCACACCCAGUACAAGGACAUGAUAUGGAAGCUAUGGAAGAAAUCUCCUGACAACCCUAUCAAUCAGAUUGCUGAGUGAUCUGGUGCUUGAAUCUUCCCCGUAAAAUGGUCAACAAGUUCCCAUGGGCCAUCAACUGUUGUUGCAUUCUGAAGAUACAAUGGGGACUACAAUUUCAUAAUUCAAGGAGGAGAUUGUUACCCUAUGAGUGUUGGUGUAUGGAAGAAUCUAAUAAAAUGCCAUCAAGCAUAUUGUGCUGUUCAUAUGGUGUAAGCUGCAUUUAUCUCAUCUAAACACUCUUCUCUGCAGUGCUUGUUUGCGACUCGGGGGUUUUUUGUGCCCUCUCACCUCUUUAGGUGGUAUAUAUAUAGUGAGCUCGUGUAUAUGGAGGCAGAAGCCGCAGAACUAUCAUUUGCAUAAGAAAUCAAUUGUUACAUGAGGUAGUUUUUGA